UCUGACCCACUUACAUUUGUUUCCUCCUUCAUUUGUCUCAAUGGCAUCCAGCUCUGCACCACUUUUGAUUCCAUCCCUUGAAGAGAUCAGGGCAUGGAACACUGAACAAGUCAUUGCCCAUUUUGAGUCAGUCGAUCAUGACUCUGAUCUGCUUGACAGUGAUAAAAAUAUCUUGAGAGACAACAGAAUCAAGGGCAAACAUCUGCCAGACCUCACUGAAGAAGGGUUGCAAGCUGAUGGAAUCCCUUGCGGAGUGGCUAUUUUUAUUAGAAAAGAGAUUGAUAGGCUCCUAGGCUGA